GUAGACUCCCCCCUUUUCACCCUCCCCCAUCUUUCUCUCAUUCUGAGAUUCAGUCAGAAAGCCAACUUUACAGAGGCAAGAAAGACACAGCAGGAUUAGAUGCAACGCAGGGAUUCUGCCCCUGGUUUUUAAAAAUUCAUUAAUGGACUUUAUUUUACCUUUCUGGACUUCAGUUGAAGUGCAGACCCUUUCUGGAUCUGGAUCUAUUGGUACCUCACUGGACUGUACAGGACUCUCUGGGGACACUUCACUGGUUGCAGUUUUAUUUAGGGUAGAUCUGCUUUGCUGUGGCGGCAGGACUGACAGUUUGAAUGGAGUUUGAUCUCCUCUGAACAGUAGGGCUUUCUGUCUGAGGACUUGGGCCAUUCAAGGUAAAGUACACAGAUGUCAGCUCUGAAUUCAGCUCACCCUAAAUUGAGUAAAAGAUCACUGAGGCAAACUUAUUUAUUUAUCAAAUUCAUCUGAAAAGGGAAACAACAGAAUAUUCUCAAUCUGAAACAGGUUUGGCAAAAGAGGCACUGUUCUGUUAUUAAGUAAUUUAUUUUGACCAUUAAGUUUGGAAACUCAUUUGAAUGUUGGAAUAGUUGUGAGCUGCAGUUCAAGCGGAGGAUGAGGAAGAUGAACAGGAGCAGUAGCAGCAGCUGCAGCAGCAGAACGAGCCUCCUGUGCAUCCUGUGGCUGCUGGCCGUCUGUCUGGCUCCUGGGAGCCGGGGCCAGAGGCCGAGGGAGGCCGACGGAGACCAGGAGGCAGGCCGAGCCCAGCUGGAGGAGAAAGACGCCAUCUGCCACCAGGACGGAUGCUACGCUGUUUUCCUCCAGAAGAGAAGCUUCAGGGAAGCGGGGCGGAGCUGCCGGGAGCGAGGUGGGACCCUGGCAACCAUGCACACCCUGGAAGCAGCGGGUGUGGUCCACGAGCUGCUGUGGGCCACUGAGGCGCAGGGGUCCAGGUUGAGGCUUCGGCUUUGGAUCGGGCUGCACAGACCUCCACGGCAGUGUUCGACCACCAGGCCCCUCAGAGGAUUCGUCUGGGUCACAGGUGACCAGGAUGGCCAGUUCACUAACUGGCUCCGUGAAGACACCCCGGGAACUUGUGCUGCUCCCCGCUGCGUGGCCAUGACGGUCCACACGUCUGAGAGCGGCCGUGAGAGUAAAGACAAUUUCCGGUGGGUUGACGGCUCAUGCGCUGUGCCUUUGGACGGAUAUGUUUGCCAGUACAACUACAAAGGAAUGUGUUCGCCUCUGGGGGACGAGGGUGAAGGCCCGGCUGUUUACACGACCCCGUUUCACCUCGUCAGCACUCAGCUGACUCACGUUCCCUACGGGUCUGUUGCCACUAUUCCAUGUUCCACAGACGUCUCAGACCCAGAAGCUCCCACCGAGCAGACAGUUCUGUGUAUGGAGAGAGAUGACAGUACAGUGGGCUGGUCCAGGGAUGCCCCCCUCUGCUCAUCCGCUUCUGCAACGCAGAGCCAGGACUGGUGCAGCAGGGACCAUGGAUGUGAGCAUUUCUGCCAGAACACGGACACCGAUUACUACUGUUACUGCUCUGAGGGCUUCACGAUAGACGAGGACGGGUACAGCUGCAAGCCUGACCCCUUAAGCCAAACCGAUCAGCCGCUGUCCUCUGAUGCCGCCAGUCCCACUGAGGAACCACAGGUCAAGGAGGUCUGUGUGGAGAUGGGCUGCGAGCACAACUGCAUGGAGACGUCCCGGGGCAUCCGCUGCACGUGUCCCCCGGGAUACCAGAUCAGUCCCGACGGCCGUAAAUGCUCCGACGUGGACGAAUGUCAAAUGCAACCUUGUCCACAACUUUGUGUCAACAUCCCGGGAACCUUCCACUGCACCUGCCACUCGGGGUACCAGCCGGACGACGAGGGCGAGUGUGUGGACGUCGACGAGUGCCUGGACGAAGGCAGUUGUGAAGGCACUUGUGAGAACACGGUGGGAUCUUUCACAUGCCUGUGCAGCCCCGGCUACGAGCUGGGGAGCGGGGGAGAGUGUGUCGAUGUCGACGAGUGUGUGGGGGAGUCGCCCUGCCAGCAGCAGUGCCUCAACUACAGGGGAGGGUACCAGUGUUACUGUGACAACGGCUACGACCUGCAGUCCGACGGACUCACCUGCCAGCCCUCUCCUGAUGAUGAAGAAUACUCCACGUUGACCCCUGACCCCAGUGACGCAGCUCAUAUAUUUGAAUUUGACCCAACCCGCAAUGUUCCCUGGUUUUCGUCUUUCACCCCCGAUCCAAACUUUGAAGUUGACACCAACUUUGAUGUUAACUGGCUGACAGCAGCCCCUGAAGGAAUCUCCCCUGAAAUGUCUCAUCGGUCGGACAACGACCUCAACCAGUGGGAUGCCCUAUCGCCGCGGCGCUAUCACACAACCCCAUGCCCGACACAAAAACACAACACAGGCAACGAAAUUGACAAUGAGGCCGAAGCUAAAUCUGGUGGUAGAGCAGCUAGUGGCGGGGUCGGAGGUAAAAGCUCUCAUGGGUCACGUGCUGGUACUAGGGAGGCAGAGGAGCCCAAGCUGGACAGUACAGAGGAGACACCAGGGGAAGGAGCUGGAUCUACGGCAGGUAAAAAGAAGCAUGACAAGAGCUGGCUACUUGUGGCCCUGCUCGUUCCUCUCUGCGUCUUCCUUGUGGUGAUGCUGGCUCUGGGCAUUGUUUACUGCACCAGCUGUGCAGUGGACAAGAGCCUCAGCUUUUCAAACUGCUAUCGCUGGAUACUCCCUACAACGCCUCCCGACAGAAGGGACGGCAAAGCCCAAGCAUGAACCCUAACAUACACAAACACGCUCACAGAUGUGUUUAAUGCUCGGAUGUCUGUUAACAUUUUUCUCGUGGAGCUGGACUGCUCAUUAAAACAUACAGUUUGGAUAUAGUACAGCUGACUGCUUCUCUCACCCGUCAAGGAAAGCUUCACUCUCUCUGGUGCACACAUCGUCUUUGUAAAUAAUUCACUCUCUUGUCAUGUUUUUAAAAUUCAAUA